AUGAAGGGGUUAGAGGAUGGACGAUUGGACAUCAGGCUGAACGAACAUAAACCGUGGCUCCAAAAGGUGCUCCGGCACACCAGGGAGCACCCGUACCCAACGCAGGGGGUUUGUAGAAAACCCUCGAUAUCGUUUGAAGAAGGAGAAGAAGAACGAUAUCCGCUUCGGCUCAAUAUCGUUAUCCACGUGGUUGGAUCGAGGGGAGAUGUACAGCCUUUCCUGGAGAUCGGGAAGCGUCUCAAGUCGCAUGGCCACCGAGUUCGACUGGCGACGCAUUUAUCCUUCCGGGAGACAGUCGAAGACCAGGGACUCGAGUUCUUCAAUAUCGGAGGGGACCCGGCGGAGUUGAUGGCCUUCAUGGUGAAGAAUCCUGGGCUGAUGCCGGAUAUGCGCACGAUUGCAAGCGGAGCGAUCCGGAAGCGACGGCGCGAUAUGAAGGCGAUCUUCUCGGGCUGCUGGCGCGCAUGCUAUGAGACAGGAGAUGGGACUGGAAUCGAGCAUCAUAUUCCCGAAGAUCUGUGGAAUGAUUCCGUAGACUAUCGUAAUCUACCUUUUGUGGCUGAUGUUAUCAUCGCCAACCCACCCAGCUUUUCGCAUCUGAGCUGCGCAGAGAAGCUCGGAAUUCCGGUGAAUAUCAUGUUUACAAUGCCUUGGUCGGCGACGCAAGCGUUUCCCCAUCCGUUAGCCAAUGUACGAUCCCACAAGACAAAACCUUCCGUCGCGAAUUUCGCUUCGUAUGCUGUUGUUGAAAUUAUGAUGUGGGAAGGUCUGGGAGACCUGAUCAAUCGCUUUCGCAAACGUGAACUCGGACUCGACCCGCUGGAUGCAAUCCGGGCACCCAGCAUCGCUCACCGUUUACGCAUCCCUUAUACAUAUCUCUGGUCGCCCGCCCUACUACCGAAACCUCUGGACUGGGGGGAACAUAUUGACGUGUGUGGUUUCUCGAUGUUGGCCGAAGUUGACGGCUACACUCCCCCAGAUGAUCUCCGUGCAUUCCUCGACGCUGGCCCGCCUCCCGUGUACAUCGGGUUUGGCUCGAUCGUGGUUGAUAAUCCUGCAAAACUUACAGAUAUCGUGUUUGAAGCGGUUAGACAAACGGGUCAACGGGCCAUCGUCUCUAGAGGCUGGGGCAACAUCGGUGCCAACCAAGCCGACACGCCAGAAAUUAUGUUGAUUGACAAGUGUCCGCACGACUGGCUUUUCCAGAAUGUCAGUUGUGUUGUUCACCAUGGCGGCGCCGGCACUACAGCGGCAGGGCUUGUCCUCGGUCGACCAACCGUCAUCGUACCCUUCUUUGGAGACCAGCCAUUCUGGGGAUCUAUCGUGGAGCGCGCUGGAGCUGGCCCCGAGCCUGUACCCCACAAGACUCUGACAGCGGACAAGUUAGCUGCAGCAAUCAACAAGGCACUGGAACCCGAGACCCUGGAAAAGGCCGGGCAAAUCGGAGCGGAGAUGCGGUCCGAGCAAGGAGCGCAGAAUGCGAUCUGUAGUUUCUAUCACCAUCUGGAUCUGGAUCAACUGCGGUGUGCGCUUUGUCCCAGCCGACCUGCCGUUUGGUGGGUAAAACAAUCGCAUGUCAGAUUAAGCGCGUUCGCAGCAGCUGUGUUGGUUGAGACGGGACUGCUGAAGCCGCAACAUCUGGUGCUGUACCGCUCCCAGGAGUACGAUACCACCCGUGAUCCUCAUGGUCCCCUAUCAGCCGGUGCCGGGGUUCUGUACGGGGUUGUAACAGACUUCAUAAGAGGUGUGACGGAACUUCCGACGGGCGUUGCUGAGGUUUUUCAACCGCAUAAUUACCGUCAUUCCUACCACCACCAUCAUCACCAUCGUCCGCACCGUCAUUUUAGUCACGGCCAGCGAGACCCCCUUCAUCGUCAGGUCAAAGAAUGGAAACAGAACAGAGCCAGUCGUCCGUCAACGGUCGACUCGGGUGUGGGGUCCAGCGAAGGCCGCAGAAGCGAUGAGCUAGAGAGCCAAAGUAGAUCCGGAUCCGGAUCCGGGUCAGAGGGGGACUUUGCUGAAGAAGCCAGCAACUCCGAGUCUGAUACGACAUAUUCUUCAGUAAAAGAGGGGGCAGAAGGACCGGUAGACGGCACGCCAACAGGAGACGCUGGCUCUCCGGCUGUAUCCAAAGCGUCUACGACAGACGAGCCCGACGAAGAGAUGAAAGAAUUGAGCCUGGAAAGUACAAUAGGGAGGACUCGAUCCAGAGAUCGAGUGUACGAGACGCGCGAGGUUCUUAUCGACGCUGGGUACCACAUCACCAAGGCCGGCAAACACCUCCUCAAUUGGCUACUGUUUCUGCCCACGGACUUGACCCUGAGUCUGUCCAAGGGCUUUCAUAAUGCGCCCAAGUUGUAUAAUGACCCCAUGGUACAAGAAACACCGACUGUCCGAGGCGUGAGGGGUGGAUUCCGCGCCGCGGGAACGGAGUUUACACAAGAGUUCUAUCAAGGGAUCACGGGCUUAGUGACACAGCCAGCGCAUGGGCUGAAAGAGGCUGGUGUUAAGGGGAUGUGCAAAGGUGUUGGAAAAGGAAUUGGGGGAGUGUUCCUAAAACCUGCGGCCGCUCUCUGGGGCCUAGCAGGGUAUCCACUUGAUGGAAUCCAUAAGACAUUGCGCAAUUCCCUGGCCCGAAGCAAAACCAGAGACAUUCUAUACUCUCGCAUCACCCAAGGACUCGGGGAGAUGGUCGCCGCUACGGUGGAAGAGCGAGCUAUGGUUCUGCGCCGAUGGAACGAGUUACAAGAGAGACAGCCAGAGAACAGACGUGCAAGGUAGCAGUCUACGGCAUGGCGGGCCAUUCUUGUAGCAUCGGAUGAGAUAUCCGCAGGGCUUCGCUAUCAUCCCGAUGAGCAAGAAAGAAGACGGGAUCUCCACCGAGAACGAGUGGAAUUGGGUGAUAAUUAUGCGUAUUCAAGUUACUUCCGUCCUUGUAGGCGAGCAUCCGUUGCAGUAUAGGGGCCUUCCACAACGAAAGAUGAAAACAGAGAAAUACAUACAUGAAACCGUCGUCCUUGAAUAUGUUAGUUUGGUCCGAAAACUGUACGAUUUCGCUUACACUGAAGUAUACUCCAGACUCCGGACCAGCUACA